AUGUCCCUCCUCGCCAACAUCCUCGGCUUCUCCGCGUUCGGCUUCGGCGCACGCUGCUUCCAGCUCGGCCUGCAGAAGCGCAACAUCUUUGCGCACCCCGAGGGCCACCUCCUUGCCGCGACCGCGUUCGGCACCCUCGGGUACUUCCUGUACAACACGGAGCAGCGGCAGUGA